UUAACUUUAAGUAAGGUUUAUGAACUACGUUUUGGUGUUCCUACUUCUUGAACAAGGCCUACAUUGAAAAAAAAAAAGGAAAUAGUAUUCUUUUUAAAUAUUAUACAUUUCGUAUUAGUAUUGGAGUCGUGAAGUAUGGCUUAUGAAAAACUGUAUUUUAUUUUCCCCAAAGUAUGUUAACCUAAUGCAUUUAUGAAUAGUUUAACUCGUACAUUUUGAACAAAAUAAAAUAUGCCGCCACCGCCUCCCCCACCACCUCCUUCAUCUGGAGCUCCUCCAUCAGUUAAUACAAAAGACCGUAAUGCACUUCUUUCUGAAAUAAGACAUGGAACUAGAUUAAAAAAGGCAGUGACAAAUGAUCGGAGUGCUCCCCAAAUCGCUUCUUCUAAAGGAUCAAAUGAUCGAUCGGCUGAAAAAGUGAACUCUCCAGCUGGUUUAGGAGGGCUUUUUGCCCAAGGUAUGCCAAAACUACGGCCCACUAGUGAAAGACCAGCUACUCAUCCAGUUGUUAGAGAAAGAUCAAAUCCAAGUACUAGUGUCCAAGGUACAACGUCAAAUCUCACUCAACGAAUUGGCAUCAGCUAUUCCCAGCCUCCUAGCCCUAUCACCUCAUCUCGGCAGGCUGCAAUUACUUCUGAUACAGUGAAUAAUAAUGUUGCCCAACUCAACCAUUAUGCACCAGGACUAAACCGCAGAUUACAAUUCCCAAGUGAUUUGUCAUCGACUCGAGCCCCGCCUCCUGCACCACCUCCUGCUAGUCAGAAACCCAAUCCUCAUUUGUUAGUUGGACAGAGUCGUUCGGGACCUCCGCUACCAACGAAACCUCCUACAGUAAGUACGAGUUUACAUCAAAGUACAAGAAGGGAGGCACCACGUCGGCCUCCACCUUCUGUACGUCCACCACCACCUCCUAGAAGUCCACAGUUGAAUCAGAGGGGUCCUCCUCCUCCACCUAGUAAACCUCCAAGUCUGAUGAGACGACAGAGUUUUGGGGCUCGAGAAGUUAGGAAUGGGCUUGCUUCACAUUACUAUAAUGCAUCUCAACAGGGACUUAUAAAUGUGAAGAACCAAGCUCCCCCACCACCUCCACCAAGAAACCAGAGUGUUCCUAAUAACUUGAACCAACUUCACCUUCAGUCAGAUUCAAGAAAUACAUCUGGUAAAUUGUCUACACCACCAACUUCUACAGCAUCAAAGAUAGUGACCUCUGCUAGUCGUCCAGCACCACCACCUCCACCAAUGAGGCCUCCAGCUGUGGCACCACCCCCUCCACCUCCACACAUGACUGCACCAUCUAUUCCCUCUUAUACAAAAGCUCCACCACCGCCACCACCUAAUAUACUACCUCCUCCACCACCUGCUCGUGCCAGUGGUAUUGUACUAGAUAGUUUUGAAACCAGAUUUAAUAAUAAAUUCCAUGAUCUUUCUGACUUAAUGCCUCCUAGCCCGUUUCAAAACAUACCAAAAACUUACCCUAGCAAAAAUGUUCGGACAAGCACCAUAAGGCAACAGCCACCUCCACCACCACCACCCCCUCUCAGUCAGGGAUAUCCUAGAAUUAAUCCUGAAAAUGUAUCUGGACCCCAGCCUAAACUACAAGUACAUCUGACAAGGCCGUUUGCUAGUUACGCAAGUGAGUGUUAAUGUUUGGUGCGAUGAGAAGAUGGGAGUCGUAGAAAGUGAGCGAGCAGACACAGUAACUAGUCAAGGAAUGUAGGCUUAUUCUGGUCAUUCCAGAUUUACGGUGUUGAUUUGAGCUGAAGUUCUUUUAUUGUUAGAAUGGCAUUUACUUCUUCAACUUUUGCCAUUACUAUACGCAACUUGCAGUCAAUAAUGGUGGUAUAGUAAGACGAUUAUGUUAACACUGCUGGCACUAUUAAUGAUUUAUUAGUGAGCAUGUGAAGGAAAGUCAGUAUUGGAAUAAAGAUUAAGAGUUAGACCACAUAAACAACUAGUAGUUCAGUUACUGACUUGUGAAGGAAAGUCUGGAUCAAGUAAAUUCUGCUAACAAUACUAGUGACUCAAUAUUGGGAUAAACAUUAAGAGUUAGACUAAGUAAACAACCAGAAGUUUGUUAGUGGUUGAGUUGAGAAGAAAAGCUGCAUCAUUAUGUAAUAACUUCUACAAGAAGAGUUGCUAAAUAUCGUUAAUAAAGAUUACAAUUAAUAAUAGUUAGUCUUAACUAUAAGCGACAGGCAAGCCUUUAUGAACACUCUGCAUUACAUUAUCAGUUGGGUGUACUUGCCUUUAGUGGUGAGUUCCACUAACACUGUAGUGGUUGUGUUGAGAAAAAUAGGCUGACUUGUGCAAACUCUACUAGCAGCACAGUGGCUGUACAGAAGAAAAACUGGAUACGGUAAACUGCUAUUAUUGUACGGUGGUUGAGUUGAAAUCAAAAACUGGAUAGUAUAAAUAUUUAUACCAAUGCAGUGGCUGUGUACAAGAAAAUAGCUGGGUCACAUAAACUACUAGCAGAGUGGUGGUUGAUUUUAAAAGAAAAGCUGAAGCAAGUAAAUGCUACUAGUAGUGUACUGGUUGAGUUUAAAAGAAAAGCUGAAGCAAGUAAACACUACUAGUAGUGUACUAAGUAAAUGCUACUAGUAGUGUACUGGUUGA